GUAAUCAAUCUAUCAUUUCGUAAAAUAUAAUUUUUGAUCUAAGGUGAAACCAUUGGGUUAAAUUGAUUAAAUCGACGAUGUCGCUCGCAAAUUCCAUUUAUAACACCCUAUUCAAAAGAACUUCAACGUUUGCUCUAACGUGCGUCUUCAGCGCUUUUUUCUUCGAACGAACCUUUGAUUUAGCCGCCGACAAAUUAUUUGAAAAAUACAAUGAGGGGAAACUGUGGAAGGAUAUCAAAGAUAAAUACCAAUGAAAAAAACCUUCCUAGAAAUUAGUUUAAUGUAACUUUAUUAUUAAAUUAUAAAAUACAUGCUAUGUAAAGCGGAA